UACGCACACACACACACAAGGAACAGGGGAGACGUGGCUGAAGGUCACUAGCCGCUGGUUUGCAGUUCCGCCAGUCGCGCAUCACAGGGGUGCAAGUCGGAAGCAUGUGGACACUGGCGUGGCUACCCAGGGUGGAACCUUGACGUCCUCCGUUUCAACGUUUAAGUUUUAAACCCAGCUGUAAAGUUACGAUACAACUGUGGAGGUUGCCCAACGCUAGGACGCGGAGAAGUCCCGUGGAUCUUCGGAUGUCUCGGGAGGGACCACAAAUGGACGUGCCCUCGCUGGCCUGGGUUUGGCAGCUGGCUGGAUAUCGUGGGGCGAGCAGGGAGCAGCGGGCCGAAGGGCCCUCCGCCGCCGCGACCCCGUAACGCGCAGGGAUAGCAGGAGGUGUGGAAAGGAAAGUUUGGCCUCGCUUUCACGCUAGCUCCGGGGGGGAUGGAGCCGUGGAAAGUCACCUCAACCUCCCCGCCCUUGUCCAACGAGACCAAGACCUCAGUGACCAUGGACCCAGACAAGAGGUCACCCAGAAAGUGAUCGGACAAGCCUACACGAUAUCGGCUGGAGCUGUGCCCGUUGACUCUUCCGUUGAGUUUUAUUUUAAUUUCAGAGAGGGGGCUUUUUCCGCGUGUCCUUUGAACAUGACCCAUGGUGAAGACCUAUCCUCUGACAUGCACCAGGAUUCCGUUGUGUUAACGUACCUCGAAAGCGUCCUGAUGCGCCGUGCGGCCGCGGCCAAUGCCGGGGCCCCGGCCGACAAGAGCGACUGCGACGGGCGGGCCCGCGCCGGGAGUGAGGCCGAGGGGACGGCCCCUUCCUCCGCCGCCACCGCCGCCGCCCCGGCCCGGGGCCUCCCCCCACCGGCCCCCUCCCCACCGCCCAGGGAGGCCAGGAGCGCCCCGGCACCGAACCUGAAGAAAGCCCGGCUUCUGCAGAGCGAGGACUGGCAGGGCGCCCACAAGCGCAGGAGGGUGAGCGACCCAGAGCCGGCCCUGCAGCCCACCCACAGCACACUGCUGGCCUCCCUGCUCCAGUCGUUCAGCUCCAGCCUGCAGGGACGGGGCGUGGCGCCCACCCCGGAGAGCCCGACAUCCUCGCCCGAGCAAGGGGGCGACGAGACUGGAGGUUGCAGGAGGCCCGGGGCGCUGCUGGACGCCCGGGGAGGAGGGGAGAGCUCCCGGUCCGGCAGUAGAACCAACUCGCCGUCUGCCGGCGCCCAUUCCCCGCGACUGUCUUGCUCGGCGCGCCUGAAGGCGGUGGCCAGCAUGGUUGGCAAAGGGACGUUGCCAGCGCCAGGGCCCGGGGCGCCGAGCUCGCCCAAACCUAGCGCCGCCUGCAGCCAACUGGCCCUCCUCCUCUCCAGCGACUGCCAGCUCCAGCAAUACUCCAGGGCACGGUCUCUGGCCCCAUCGGCAAGCCAGCGGCUGGCCGCCAUCGCUUGCAAGAAGCAGGUCGGGGCGGCCCAGGGCAAGGCGGUCACCCCUCCCCGGGAGCGGUGCCAGCGCUCGCCGGCUUCGCCAGCCUCUGCCGCGGGCACCGUGGCCGGCGGUGGCGGCAGCAGCUUGCUCAUGCACCUACUCAACUCGCCCAAGCUCCCGGCUACCAAUGGCCACAUGUGGGGGCCACCGGGCCAAGGGGGACCCCCUCCCAGGCGCCGCCCGCUGAAGGAGGAAGGGGAGGUGGGAGGGGGAGUCAACGGGGGUAGGGACCCGUCCCCCCGUUCCACCUGCACCCCGAUGGACCUGUCCACCAAACCCCGGGCCUGCGACCCAACCACCCUGCACCCCGGUAGCCUGGAGCAGAUGACCGAGUCCCUUCUCUUCAGCUGGAACCCCAAGGUGCCCGGGCUCCGGGUCCCCGUGGCCAAGGUGGAGCAGGAGGAGGAGACCAAGAGCCACCACAAGGUCACCUUGCUCCAGCUGCUACUGGGGCACCCGGAUGGGACCCAGGGGGACGGUACGCCCGAGCCCAGUGGGGAAGCCCCCCGGCUGGCCACCUUGGCCAGGCGCCCCGCCCUCACGGAGCCUUUCCCCACCCCGGUCCCCGUGGCCGAGACCAACCCAGCCCGCAAGCCCCCCCGCUCCCCCCACGCUGCCCGUCGCCCCCAACUCUUCCCCAACCCGGGCGAGCCCCUAAGGAAGUCCCGGCCCCAGCAAGGCCCGGCCCCGGAGCCGGCAAAAGCCCGGCACUUGGUGGUGGAGCAGCCCCCCCCCCCCCCCCCCUACACCAAGCAGGUCUUCCCCACCCCGCCAGCCGGCCCCAGCACUCCGGCCGCGGACAGCCGCCUCUCCAACUUCUCCUUCAGCGCCAGCAAGCUCCUCCACGACCUGGCUCGCACCGGCACCCUCAAGUCCCCAGACCCUUCGCAGAUGGAGGCAGAGGCCAGGCUCUCCGGCCCGUGUCCGUGCCCGCUGGAGGCCAAGGACUCGCUGGUCUUCCCUCAGAGUGGGCCGGAGCGGGCGGGAGGCCCCGACUUGGCCCAGCUCCUGGAGAGGCGCAGCGUCCUCCAGCUCCUGCUCCGCCACCCGGAGAAGGAGCAGGCCCAGGCGGCGGCGGCCCAGGGCAGGCGGGGUGGGCCUUACGCCCAGACCAUCGCCGAGGUCAAAGUCAAAAUUGAGCCCGUGGACGAAGACUGCGACACCUUCCCCAACGCCAAGUGCCUGCGGGAGACGGUCAAGUUGGAGGUGGAGUCUCCCGGCCCUCCUUCGCCCCCGGCCCACUCGGCCCACUCGGCCCACUCGGCCCACAGGGGAGGAGGUGUCCUCAGUCAGCUUCUGCUGCGUCACAGCGCCAGUCCAUCCGAGGCCUACCUCUCCGGCGCUGUGGAGAGCCCGCCUGCCCCUUCCCACCACCCGUGCCCCAUGACCAGGAUACGGCACCUGCUCCCCGCUUCCCCGCCCGAGCGCCGGGACGUCCAGAAGAAGCCGGGGCGCACGCUCAACGGCCACUCCUUCUGCCCCAACGGGAUGUCCGAGCCGGCGGCCGGGAGCAACGGCAACGGCAACGGCAACGGCAGGGCCCCGGAGCCGGAGCACCGCGGUUAUCUCAAGGACGCGCCGGGGUUCAACGUCUUGAAGCAGCUGCUGCUGUCGGAGAACGGCAUUAAGGUCUUGUCCCAGCACCGGGGCCUGCAGAACGGUGUGCCGGCCCGGGAAUCGAACCACCAACACCAUCACCACCACCACCCUAAGCCGCUGGCCCCCGCUCCCACCCACGGACAGUUUUACGAGGUGAAGAUGGGCGGGAAGGAGAGCCCGGUGAGCGUGGAGCUGGCCAGGUACCCGGGGUCCGCCCGUCUCCCUCAGCCACAGAGGUCGGCCGGACACCACGAGCCCCCAUGGCUGACCAAGGCCAACCCGAUCCUGUACUACAUGCUGCAGCGGAGCGGGGGGGAAGCCCAGGCCUUCGGUCUCGGCGAGGAGACAACGGCCGGCAAGGAGAGGAGAGGACAACUGCUCGGCGCCGAAGCACAGGGCCGGGCCGGGCCGGGCUGGGUGAAGCAGGAGCCCGAGGAAUCGUUGGCCUGCUUCAGACCCCACCCGGGACAACCUCCCCUCACCCCGGGUCAAAUCCUGGAGAAAGUGGCUGCCAUCAAACGGGAGCCCGACUGAAGCGAGAGAGAGAGACGGCGAGAACGUUAAAU